ACGCCGGUCUAACAAACACAAGCAAAAGUAUGGACACGCCCGAAUGCUUGUUUACAGGCCCGGAGACUGCUAGACACACAGACGACUGGAUGGUGUUGGCUUGAUGGUGCUGGCUUGAUGGUGCUGUCUUGGUACCUGGGAUCCUUCACGUUCUCAUACUGCUGUUCCGUGUGAUCACAUGACAUGGCAAAGUCUGCUUGCGUGAGCGCGGCCGAGUGUGGAGGAAGCUGCCCAAUACACAGGACAUAUGACGUCUAUAAAACUGAUAUAAGUGAGGAGGACCAAUAUGAAACUCUUGUUCAGGUCCGAAGUGUGGAGACGAGACUCGCGAGCCUGGAGGAGAGCCAGAGGGGUCAGGUGACCGAGGUCAAGCAGGCGUGUGACAGCGUCCUGGCAGAGCUCCGCCUACUACACGAGUCCUUCGCGGAGCUGCGCACCAUCGUGUUGGACUCUGUGGACAGUCAGGACAAGUUCGCGGCGGGCAUACGCGAGCAGUUCCAGCAGACCAGCAGACGGCUGGGUGACCGUCUGGAGGGCGUGGAGAGGCGGCUCCGGGCCAAUGGUGCCGGCGUGACGUCACACAGCAGCAGUCCCACCCUGUCUGAGACAAACCUCUACACCCACGACCCAACAAACCCGGACAAAAAGAAACUGAAAAAAAAAACGUUGGCCGAAAAACUUCCCAAUCUGUAAACAAUGUUUAUAUUUCUGUGAACUAAUUUAAUGACAUAAAAAAGUCACUUUUGAUUCAGUUUUUUUUAAA